ACGUCAUAUCUCCCUGGAUUCACAUUUAGAGUGGUAAAGUUGUUGUUUGACUCGUCUACAAUGUACAUACGGGACACAUGUGAGGCCAACGGUGUGUUCUUUUGAACAGGAAGGGGACGACAGGGAAGGGCAUGUUUUGCUUCAAUUAAGCCGAUAUAAUGGGCUGCACAUCUAGUACCUAUCCGGCUGGUACAAAACAGAAGAAAAUACGACAGAUACACGUGAACAUGGUGAACAAAUUGAUGGACAUCAUCAGUCCGAAUUUCCCAACGACCUGGACCCUCCUGCUGAACGCUUUGUCUCCGUACCUAGGCAAUGAACAACUACACGGCCAGAGUGUCACAGACAUCUCAAACAUAUGUAGGAGCUUGAUGGCUAAGCAGAUUAUCUCCUAUGGGUCGUAUGAUAAAUUAUAUACUGCGGUAGACGACAUCGAUAGCAAUGCAGCGGUGGUCAUCUCUUCUGCAGUAGCAUCAAUCCAAGCCCUGAUUUUGGAAGCUCUACCGAUAGGUGUAUUUAUGCAUCUACUCACUAUAACAAGAAACGACACAAAACGGACUGUGAAUGAAAAAGGCCAUCCUCAAAGAGGGUAAAACAGAGGGAGACGUUUCUAAUGAAGUGAUAGGAGACAGAUCUGACAAAACCUUACCAAUCAAAGGAGUGUACUGUACAAAGUUCUCGUCCAGGAUCAUUAGCGAUACUAAAGAAGGGAGCUACAUGGUCCAGCGUAUGGUUACGUUACCGAAUGAUCGAGUGAUUGUGUUGGAUAGGGAUAACACGAAACUAAAACUGUUUAGUUCUGAAUACAAGUUCAUGCACUCUGUUUGUGUGAGCGGGUUCCCUGUGGGAUUGACGGUAGUGGAUGAGUCUACGGUAGCCGUGUCGGAUGAAAGCACAAACUGCAUCGCACUGUAUACAGUACAUAACAUUGUAAACAAGUCCGCGUCAAUACAGUGUGGAAGGGAGGGCGGGUACCUCAUGGACAUUUCAUAUAGCAAUCACCAUUUUAUUUGUCUAAAAUUUAAUUAUGCUGACAAAGUAAGAACAAUAGAACGUGUUAGCAUGACCGGACAAAGAGAGACAGUGUUUAAGGGUCAGGAAUGGUGUGACAUAGGCUACCAUGUUAUUGCAAGGGAGAACAGGUUUUAUACAACGGAGUGUGUGAGGGAUACAGUUAGAUGUAUGACGUAUGAUGGGAAGGUAUUGUGGAAGAGGAAGACACCUUUUGGACCGAUGGGGAUAACCGUUGUGAGAGGGACACUGUGCGUCGUGGCGUUAACGAAGGGUGUGGUAUGUCAGCUAUCUCUAGACGGUGAGAGGUACGAUCACCAAGUAAUACAAGGCGUAACUAAACCUUACAUCUACUGCAUCUGUUACCAAAGUGUGAGAAAGAGACUCUUGGUGUCAAGUAGUAUCCCUGGCGAACCAAUCAAAGUGUAUACGAUCAGCUGAUACCUGUUCCCAUUGCUAUGUAUACGCAGGGACAAGGACAUUUGCUACAGUUGACAUGAUUGGACCUAAAUCUUAUUUUCCCAACGACAGUUACAUUUUUUGCAUCCACCAAAAAUGUGAAUUUUGAUGCAAAAAAGUUACGUGGGAUUGAUUUUCGACCUUUUUCAUGCUUUGCGUAUGUAUGUACGACCAAUGGUUGUGGCAUUUUUACCGAGAUUUGAUCAAAACCCCUAAGAUGUUUAAAUUUUGAGAACAUUUGGUCCAAACAAUACAUCUGUAACAAAUUUGCUAGUUCCUGCGGGUGUCACCGACAUUUUUUGUGUUGUUACCUGCAAGGUUUUCCGUUCGAUGGUUGUUGCCGCCUUGUGAUACAUGUAUGAUAUUUUAAUGACGGCAUGUUCUUACCGAGGCUGUUAUUGUCAAGCCUUCAAUAUGAAGAAGUGUUGUAAGCUCGUGUAGCAACUAGUUUUGUUGAACUGAUACCUCAUUAAAUGUUGUUUCUAUAUUUGUACACAAUUUUAUCUUUUAAUGGGCAUUUUUGGCUAUCAUUUGUACAGAUACAAAGUAUUUCAGUGUUUUUGUUCAGCUUGCAUAGGGGUGAAAUAUAAACAGUAUCAUUAGAAAUCAGUUUUACAUGUACAUGGUUUCAAAAAAUCAUACUUUUACAGAUUAUGUCGACUUUUUACACUUUAAAGUCAUAAUUAUGAGCUCGUCUUGAUGAUUUUCUGCUGCAUUCAUUUAUAAGUGUACUUGUUUACAAAAUAAUUUAACUUCUAACGAUUAUUAUAUUUCAAAUCAUAACUAUGAUCUCAGUCAGUUGAUGUGUGGUUUUAUUUAUAUUGUAUCAAGUCUUCAAACAGAUAUUCACUGUUAUUGAUGUUUUCAUGUAAAAUCUGCUGAUAUAUGAUCUACAAGGUAAAAGUGACGAUAUACAUUUAUUUAGUGAUUAUAUAAGCAAAUUCCGCUUUAAAUUAAAAAGCAAUAAAAACAGUAGCUUUGCUUUUGCAUA